UUUGGUGUUUGGCAGUUUAAAUGUAAUGUACCUGAGUGUGGUGUUUUCUGUAGCUCUUUGGCUUAGUGUUAAUUGAAGUUCUUGGUCAAUGGAGUAGUGUCUGUCAUCAGACAGGUCCUGCAUUAACCCCAUUAUCCCCACUCAAGUCUGACACCAGUGAAAGAACAUGAGAAUGCAAAGUGGGCCCUCGCUAGGAUGGCAAUGUCUUUUAAUUCCUGGCAAUUAUCCUUGAAGUUCAAGUUAGCCAGCAAUUACUGAGUUUGGGAAACAUGGAGAAGAAUGAUACCGAUUUUUAACUUACUAGCAACUGUCUCUUUCAGUUGGGUUAACCCUUAAAUAACAUGAAACAAGAGUUAAAGAGACAGACCCUUCCUCAAGGAGACGUGCAUUAAAUCAACAAGUGGUAUGUCAGGAAAGUCACAGACGGCUUUAUCACCUCGAAGGAUGGACAUUUCUGGUUCCACCUACUGUUCCAGCAUCAUGCUGAGCCAACUUGUGGGCUGAGAUGAGCGCUCGGAUGAGAACUCCAAGCAGACUUCUCAACGCGUGCCUGUCAAGUUUGCAACCAGUCAGAUAUGGAAUUGUGUUUUCCCAGACAGAAGUGGAGAGUUACUCCUACCUCAUAGAAUUGUUGGAUAUGCUCUAGGGCAAAAAGGAAAUGCAGAGGGCUAUUCAUCCUUCCUGGUGCUAGGUGUUCUGCAGAAGCCGCGGGACACCUUGGCUCAGACUGACAGAGGGCCCAAUCAUGGAUUCUUCAUUCUUGGUAAUCUUUCCUUUGCUCCUGGCCCUGUCAACACCUUGCAAUGCUUGUGAUUGUAAAAUUCAGCACCCUCAGACAUAUUACUGCACAUCAGAUGUCGUCAUAUUAGCUGAUAUACAAGGACCAGGAAACAACACCGUGACAAAACAAGGUUUCAGAGUCAAUGUCAUUAAGGUACUCAAGGCUCCCAGAGGCAUCCCAACAAUCCACGAGAUCUACUCACCCAUCAGUUGGAAAGACUGUAGUUAUAGGCUGAGGACCACUCAACAAUCACUAUUACUUAUCGCAGGCUAUCUGAGGGGGGGCACAUUGCGCUUCACAAGAUGCCAUCUGGUCUAUUUCUGGUACCGGCUCACCAGAGAGCAGAGGCUAGGUUUUGAGGCAGCAUACAGAACAGGAUGCAAAUGUCAAGUUCAGCCCUGCCUCCACUGCUGGCGUUCCUGCCCUCAACCUGACUUUGGAGAGUGUGUGUGGAAACAAAAAGACUGUAACUACAAGGUAUGGGAAGGAAACCAUUCCUUGUUCUCCAUGUGUGUGCCCUCCAUGAAUGGGUACUGUGAAUGGACCCGCAUCCAGAUGAACUAUCCGUACCAAACCUCGGCUCCAGCGACCUCUGUUCACUAGGCCCGGAAUCAUAUAAUAGAGUUUAAUAUUCUGUCUCCUGGUCUGGCUGCUGUUAACAGAACUGAGUUAGUUUUGUA